GGCGCCGCCAUGUCUCCUGAAGAUAAACGGCGGCUAGUCGUUAUCUCCGCUGCAGUGUUCUGUCUCUUCAUUCUUUUACUUUUUUUGAGCUAUAUACCAGCUUACUUGUACAUACUUUUUAUCUCGGUCGUGUCUUGUGUCGUUUAUUUUAAAAAAGCGGAGGAGUUGCAGCUAUUCGAGAGACUAGGCCUCAAUCCCCGACGUGGACUGAGCGUCCCGCCGGCUCUGCUGCGCUUGUUACCUGGCAGGACUUUGAGCGGAGUCACUGCCUCCAGCAGAAACAAAAUCCGUAAAAGUGAUACGCGUAAUUCCUUCGCAUCACCCAGCGACAGAUAUAUUGCGGGCUCGUAUUAUAGAAGAGACCAUACCCUCAGUGACUCAGUGUUCAGCCCUCGGGAUAUACUCAUGGGAAGUUACCUCGCCAAGGCUGAAGAAAGUCCCUCCGUAACGGUGAGGCCCGCUGGAGGCUCUGGGACUUUCAUUCACCCCAGAAAUCAGCUUCGGGAGAGACUCGCACGGCCUAAUUAUGCUGUGCAUACCCCUAACAGAAGACUGUCGUUCGGGGAACAUGUGUGCACAGUGAGCCAGUUCACCAUCACCCCCCACAGACAUUACCCCCUUCAGCAGACGGGGACAUCUCCCAUUGGAAUAAUGCCACCCGCAAAAUGGGAUGGGUUGCGUAAGAAGAACAUCCUAACCCAACGCAAUUCCCCUACCAUUCACAGCCCGGUCACAGUAAAAAUUGCCAGACCAGACCCCACUCAUUCGUCAUUUUUCAAUCACCUGAACUCCCCAGGGGCUGUCACAUCCCCAGGGAUUGGAGCACAGGCAGACCCAUGCUCCAGAGAGACUGUCCUGAGCGUGCUCCGAGAGAGCAGAAAGAGGGAGGUGGACGAGGAGGAAAAGAGUGCUUCCUCUGGGCAGAAGAGCAAAAGGAGGCGACAUGACAGCAGUGGAAGUUCUCAGUCAGCAUUUGAGCCACCAUUUGCGAAUGGAGCUCCUUCUCAGCUCGUGCUGAAACAUGGCAGUCUGAAGAGAGGGAUAAAUUCCCUUAUAGAAGAAUCUACUAUGAAGAGAUCUCGUACCUCCUCCAUCAGCUCUAUGAGUGGUGCUCCUAUUCCUAGCGGAGCACCUGGAUCUGUCCGUAAUUCAAUUCGCAGUUCCUAUAGUUCGUCACAGGGUUACCCACAGAGAAGAACAGCAUCCAGUCUCAGUUUGUCUCCUUUCACAAGCCCUGGAGGAUCUUGCUGUCAGACUCCAGAAAGAGCUGCUAAGAAAGCAAGGGAGGAUGAUGCUACCUCGCCAAGUUCCACACCCUUAACAAAAAUUGAACAGGUGGCAACUGAUCCUGCUCCUGCUACAUCAAAACUCACUCCAAAAUCUGAGGCACCUGUUGCAACAUCUGACUCUGGAGGCGGCAGUGGCAAACGCAAACGCAAAAUCCAGCUUGUCACCACAAACAGAGGAGAUCAGAUAUCUUUGCCACCACCUCCUGAACUUGGCUACACAAUCACAGUGAAAGAUCUGGACAUGGAGAAGAAAGCAGCUCUCAGUCAGAUACAGAAGGUCCUGGAGGAGCCUGAACCAGAGGUCCCUCCUCCAGCACCUGAACCUGCCCCAGCUCCUGCUCCCUCUCUAAUCCUCUUCUCUCAACCAACUCCAACCUCCUCAUCUGAAACUGUACCAGUUGCAAGUGCUGCCACUUCUCUGGUUUCUCUCUCUACGCCUGUGCCAGCGACAACACCACCCACUACUACAACACCGGCUGCAAGCAUCGACCUUACUGUCACUGCACCCAGCACAGCCAGUACUGCACUGCUGACUCUCACCUCAGCCCCCUCAAUUACUACCACCUCAGCUGCCCUGACCUCCAGUAUUUUAAACCCUCUGCUUGAGUCCCUGAAAAACAUGAAGAAUAAUCCUCUUCUUGGUGCUGCUCCGGUGCUGGGCACUACCACUGCAGCUCCAGCAGUCUCUGUUGCCAGUCUUUCUACACCUGCUACUUCCUCAAACCCCAGCAGUUCAGUUGUAAAAACAGAAUCAGGCCCUACAGCUCUACAGUCCUCAUUCUCAACCCUGUCUGCCAUAUCAACACCUGCCUAUAAACCAGCCACCUCCAUGCCCUCUGCCUUUGCUCAGAUCCUGGCCCGACCUCUUCAACCCACUUCCAGCUCGCCAUCCCUGGGUGGAGGCGGCAUCCUCUUCAGCCUGAUCAAAUCUGUAGCCACACCUGCAACUGAGCCACCUACAUUUACAACUGCUACAGCCACCCCUAGUGUUUUGGCAAACAACAUUGGCACCCCCCUGUCAUCUGGGUUUAAGCCUAUUUUUGGAGCAGCAACUACAGCCCCAGCCUCCACGGUGAAUGUCAAACCCACUCAGCCCACAUUCAAGCCUUUAUUUGACAGUACCACAGGAAGUGGCAUAAUUGACUUUGGGAAAACUGCCACACCAACAACAUCAACCCCUGCAGCUCCAGCUACACAGAACAGUGGCGUGUUAUUUGGUGGAAUAACUAGUACCCAGCCAGCUACAGCGUCUGCGACCCCUGCGUUACAAGCUUCUGCGCCUUCUCUGUUUGGAAGCUGGAGCACAACAACCACAUCUGCUCCUGCCUCAAACACCACGUUUCAAUUUGGAGCCACGUCAACCAUGAUCACUUCCCCUGCUUUAAGUACCAGUACAGCCAGUGCUGGUGGUACCACUUCUGCUUUUCAGUUUGGUGCUGCAAAACCUGCACCUACCCCACAGACGCAAAGCACGUUCACAUUCGGCCAGCAGUCCAACAACCAGAACUCCACUUCCAAAACAUUUGGUGGGUUCGGCUUGACCAACAGUGCCACAAUGACCUCGGAGGUGCCCACAACACAAACUACUUUUGGGAGCUCUACAUUCACAGCAUCAACAUCCUUCCCUGGUGCCACACAGCAGGCUCCUGCUGCUUCAAAACCCUUCACAUUUGGGUCCAGCAGUGGCAACACUGGUGCGGCACCAUUCACCUUUGGUGCAGCUGCCAGCACAGCAGCACCUGCAUUUGGCACGAACAGUCAGCCUACAUUCAGUGGAGCGCCUGCCACUGGCUUCUCCUUUGGAAAUACCACCACCCCUUCAGCGGCUCCUGCUUUUGGGGCGUCAACACAGACUGCAGCCCCUCUCCCUACCCCAGCUCAUGCAUUCACUUUUGGAGGGGCCUCGACAGCCACUCAGAACCCAGCACAAAGCACUCAGGCGCCUCCUGCUGCUGGAGGGUUUAACUUUGGGGCAUCAUUGUCAGGAACACCAUUUGGGGCAUCAUUGUCAGGAACACAAUUUGGAACACCUGCAGCUCAGACACCAGGGUUUUCCUUUGGAGCCGCCAACACUGAUAGCAAGCCUGCUUUUGGAACAUCAACUCCUGCUUUUGGCCAGGGAUCUGGAGGAAUGUCAAUGCCAUUCGGCAGUCCUGGAACCCCAGGGUUUGGUGCAAUGGCUGCCUCACCAUUUGGCGCUUCACCAGCCACGUUCUCCAUUGGAACAGGCUCAAAGCACUCCGGGCAACGGCGAAUACAAGCACGCAGGCAGCACCCAAGGAAGAAGUAAUGUGACUGAUUUGAGAUCUGUCCCUUCAACCUUAAUCAUCGUUGUAUGGACUCUGUUACUACUUCGGCUUUCCUAUCUGCCCCAGACGCUGCCACUGCUGCUAGUCCAAACAAAACAAGGCUCUCAGUCAGAGUGUGGGACUAAACUCAACUCUCCAACCCUACAGACUGCCAGUGCUGGUCCUGCGUGUAGGAUCAAGGCUCAUGGGUGUGUAGUUUUUAGAGUGCCAGGCUGCCCCGUCCCUGCUGUUGGAUGCUGCCUAUGAAACUCAUCACAUCCUUGUUAAUAGAGUCUGUAUUGGAAGAGGAUGUCUUGUGUUGGGAAAGGAUGCUGAACAGGAGCAGCGUAUUAUACUUGAAGAAACGAUUGAAAAGAAGACUUAAUUCUGGACUUAAACAUAAAUUGGGUUCCAGACCAGUCGAAAGAAUUGUAACUUUAUUUUUUGAUUUUGUGUUUUUGGUUUGAAGACUACAAGUAAUAAGAUGAAUGUUAUUGUAGAUCAAGUGGAUGGGUUCCCCCGCCACACCCCCUCACAGUUAGCCUUCAUUUGUCAUGCUUUUGAUCAUUGACUUACCAGAGUUUUCUCAAGAUGUGCUUUGGGUAGCCUUCAAAAGUAAAUAUUUUACCUGUUCAUUUAAGAAAUGAAAAGAUGUUUUUGCCUGAGUGAGUGAAUUGAGCUGUAUAAUAAACAGAAUAUUUUUUCAAUGCUUUUUUGGCAUGUUUCUUUAGGAAAAGCAACAAUUAUGGAAAGAUUGUUUCCAUUUUCUGAUAUUUAUUAUAUUUCAUACAUUGGACUUGUCUGUUUAAAACCAAAGCUGAUGUUUUAGUGCAACAUUCUCAUCUCUUUGUCACCAUCAGUGUGCUUUUGGCUGUUUUACUACCUCCACUUUAAGUGUGUACCUGUGAGCCGGUUGAACUUUUUCUGCCUUGUUUUUUUUUUCAAGUCUAAAGCCUCAUUUUAUUUUCAAAUGACAAUUAUACGGAGUAAUUAAAAUCAGCACUUAUACAUUUAAGCAAAACCAUCUUAUAACUGUUGCAUCUGCUAUCAGUUGCUCUAUGUAGCUCUCCACACUGCAGCCAGAAUUAUCAAAAACAAUUUAAUUUCCUGCAGUUUUUUCUUUCCUUUCAUUGCUCUGUGUGCUUUAGUGUGUUUUGUUUCUGGUUACAUAUUAAGAAUGAUGUCGGAUUUGUGCUUGGUGACAUGGAUGCCUGUUCUUUCAUAAUGAUGUGCAAGUAAACUUAUUGUCAUGAUUUCAAAGAACAUGAUCUCAUGGCUACUUAUUUUUGACAAUUUACUUGAGGGUUUUGAUCAGAUUUAAAACUAGCCUCCUGACUUUAUAGAAGUGAAGCGUUUGAGUAAAAUAACAUGGGUGCAAAAAAAUAAAAAAAUCGGAAGUGCCCCCAAAAAUGUAUGAAUUUCAGUAGAACAGAGAAUGCUGGUGUUUUCAUUGCUAAAUAUUACAAAAAUUUAAUUAUUUUCGUUCAAAAAUGUGGUUUAACCUAAAGGCCUAAAAUGCAUUUUGUAUUUAACUUCAUUGUUGUUUUUGCAUGUACAUUCUGUAUGAAACAUUCCUGGCUCUGUAUGAAUCUUAUGGUUUGUGCGUGCUUGUGUGUUAAAAUACCAAGAUCUAGUAAAUACUUGGUCUCUGAUAGAAAUAGCAUGUCUCAAUGCUCUUGAAACAGCAACUAUUGUAAAAUGCAGUUAAGUAGACCAAUGACACCCUUACCAUUUUCAAAGGUCUGUUCAGUGAAACAGAUCUGCCGUAUGAUUAUUUGGUCAUUUUCUGUUUUCAAUGUGUAUCCAGAAAACACUGAAUUUAAUUGGUACUACAAUGCACAAAUAAUGGAAGCACCAGCACCAUUUAUUCUAUAAAUGUUUGUAUUGUUUACCCCUUAAUAUUGUUCUGGCCUGGUUAACACAUUAAUGGACAUAGCUGGGGAUUUUUACUUUUUAAUAUAAACAAUGAUGUCAUCUGUCCUUAUUGCAUGGCAUUCCUUGUGUAAGUCUUAAUUUUUCUAUUCAUUUUUUUUUUUUAAGUGUUCUUGAUCCCAGAAUAAUGGGAUGGUGGCAGGGGGCCAGGCGUUCCUCUAACUAGAAAGUCCUACCAAAUCAAAACAACAUUUUGCAAGACUUGUAGACUGUUGAGAAAAUGAGAUGUGUGUUGAAAUGAGAGCUGGAUUUCUCAAGCUGUGAAUGUUUGAGAGCUGUGUUGUAUGUAGUUAUAUAUUUUCGUUGUAAGCGGUUGCUCACAGUUUGUAUGUUAAGACCAUUCCCACAAACCCUAAAAGAGUGAGUGGAGUUUUGAAUGGAGCAGCACACUGAGCGUGUUCUGUGUCUGCUAAAAUGUGCUGAUAAUGACAUGCUCGUUUUUAAUAAAAAUUUAA